AAUGCGUUCACCUCCCUCGCGGGCUUCCGCCGCCACCAGAGUCGGGUCCCGAGCAGACGCGGAGCCGGUGGAGUCAGGCUGUCGGGGGCGGGAAGGCAGGACGGCGGGAGCACAGCCUCCAGGACUGAUCCGGCGGGCUUCGGAGACCGGCAGCUCCGCAAGAGGUGUGGAAGAUCAGCUGGCAGUCCCUGCAGCCUCCUGAAGUGAUGGCCCUGAGGAAGGUCUGGCCAGCAUCUCCUCUCUGCAUUGCCAGUCUUGGGAUUUUGCUCACGGCGUGUAUUCUUACCACUGAAGGACUGGCUCAGAAGCAUGGGCCAGACAUUAUUGACGAUGACAGCAAGGACAACAUCACCAUCUUCACACGCAUCUUGGACCGGCUGCUGGAUGGAUAUGACAACCGGCUGCGUCCCGGCCUUGGUGAUACUGUCACCGAAGUCAAGACAAACAUUUAUGUGACAAGCUUUGGGCCGGUUUCAGACACAGAUAUGGAAUACACCAUUGAUGUGUUUUUCCGGCAGUCCUGGCAUGAUGAGAGGUUAAGAUUUGAUGGUCCCAUGAAGAUAUUGCCUCUUAACAACCUGUUGGCCAGUAAGAUCUGGACCCCAGACACCUUCUUCCACAAUGGCAAGAAGUCCGUGGCCCACAACAUGACCACACCCAACAAACUGCUCCGGCUGGUAGACAACGGAACUCUGCUCUACACCAUGAGGCUGACUAUCCAUGCAGAAUGCCCUAUGCACCUAGAAGACUUCCCAAUGGACGUGCAUGCAUGCCCACUGAAGUUUGGGAGCUAUGCCUACACCAAGACAGAAGUGAUCUACACUUGGACCUUGGGGAAAGUGGAGGUGGCCAAAGGAGGGUCUCGCCUCAAUCAGUAUGACCUCCUGGGACACAAUGUGGGCAGGGACUCCAUUGAAUCAAGCACAGGGACUUACAUAGUGAUGACCAUCUACUUCCACCUCAAGCGCAAGAUUGGAUAUUUUGUGAUCCAGACCUACUUGCCCUGCAUCAUGACCGUCAUUCUCUCCCAAGUUUCCUUCUGGCUUAACAGAGAGAGUGUCCCCGCACGAACAGUGUUUGGGGUCACCACUGUUCUCACCAUGACGACACUGAGCAUCAGUGCACGAAACUCAUUGCCCAAAGUGGCUUACGCGACCGCCAUGGACUGGUUCAUGGCCGUCUGCUAUGCAUUUGUGUUUUCCGCACUGAUUGAAUUUGCGGCGGUCAACUACUUCACAAAACGUAGCUGGGCUUGGGAUGGCAAGAAGGUGAUGGAAGCCCAGGAGCUGAAGAAGAAGGAGCCUGUUACCUUGGCGAAGAAGACAAACAACACCUACAACAUUGUGGGCACCACGUAUGCCCUUAACAUCACGAAGGAGCCAGGACUUGCCACCAUUGCCAAGAGUGCAGCUGCUGCCACCACGCCCACCCUGGCAGCAGUAGUUGUGCCCCCAAAGGUGCCCCGAAUGGAAGAGAAGCCACCAGAGAACAAGAAGACUUACAACAGUGUCAGCAAGGUAGACAAAAUGUCCCGCAUCGUCUUUCCAGUCUUGUUUGCCAUUUUCAAUAUGGUGUACUGGGCAACUUAUGUCAACCGGGAGUCGGCCAUCAAGGGCAUGAUCCCCAAGGAUUGAAACCUGCCAUGCAGCCCAUCCAUCAGCCCACAGGACCUCGGAAGGAGAGUCCCUAGGUGGGUCCUUUGUCACCUCACUGAUUCUAUAUUUAUUUUACUUUCUUUUAUGAUUGAUUUUGUUCAGCUGUUUUCCUUCCUCUCCCAUGUGAACCAAACUGUGAUUUUUUUUAAAAGAAAGGAUAGAACCCAAAAACAUUGAAUUUGUUGCCUGUUUGUUUGCAUUUUUCUGUUGUGCUGGGGGAGGCAUCAUGAAAAUGUGUGCCUCUAAUGCAGCAAAUCUGGCAUUCAUUCCCACCCACUCACCCUCUCCCUGGAUGUUGGUUUCGUCUGCUAUGCAUUCCAUGCCCUAUCCUGUUGAGAAAUGCUGGGUUGUUUAUCCUGCAGCUUUUGAUGGACAGCCCUGGUGAUUCUUGGUGCCACUUUUUCACAAUGGCCUUCCCUGAGGUAGCUGAGUGGUUUCUUUGCUUCUAUCGUAGGGCUUGAUCACACAUGAGAAUAGAACACCAGUUAUACCGAUUCCUUUCAUCCCUCUGUUAUAUUGAUACAUUUUUUUUCCUGGAAGUCACGUGGUAUAGAUAUUGGCCAGAAUGUUUACAUUGUUUUUAACUGUAUUGAUUCAUUUCUUUCUAUAUGAACCAAAGCAGGCUACACUGCUGUUUAAUUUUGUAUUGAAUCAUUUUCUCUACUGUCUCUUGGGCCAAUCUGCCUCCUCUGUCAUUUUAAUUUUUUUAAAUUACUAAAGGUGAUAUAUUGAUGAAUUACUGUACUAGCCUUAAACCCUCCUCCCCCUUUCCCUUCCCUCCUUUACUUAUUAUCCCCUUUUACUUCCCUGCAUAUCUCUC